CUAUGGUCACCUUGUCAGUUCGCGGCAAUUUUCACUACUGAACUGUUACAUCCAGUGAGAAUGAAGGGCAAGGUGAGCAAGAUCAUCGGAUUUUAAAAUACAGCCUCCAAGAAUUCAACACAAACUAUCUCGAUAUCCGGAUUCAUGGGUAAGGUUAAAGCUAAGGGUGGGCGGACCCAGGCUACUCGAACUUCGCCGCGCACGUCACCUGAUAAAUCUCCAUCUCCAUCUUGUACGUCUGAUGAGCCCGCUGGUCUGAGGGAUACGACCGACCUGAUUGCUUCGUCCAUUGCGCCACUGCCAAGUUUCGAUGGGCAUGAUAACUUUAUUCACUUCUCGCCCGUGCCUAUUUCGGCUACCGUGGGCCCGUGCGUCUUGGGCAUUGACGAGGCGGGCCGAGGCCCUGUGCUCGGGCCCAUGGUUUAUGGUAUUGUGUAUUGCGUCGAAGAAUCCCAUGACAAACUAAAGAGCCUCGGGGUGGACGACUCCAAGGUUCUAUCCGAAGCUAAACGCGAUGGUAUGGCUCAGAUCAUUUUGCAGAACGCCACCGAGUUUGGAUGGGCCAUCCAUAGUUUAAGCCCACAGUACAUCUCCAGAUGUAUGAAUCGGCGGGGCAAAUAUAAUUUGAAUUCCAUCUCCCAUGACACGGCUAUUGGGCUCAUUCGUCAGGCCAUUGAGCGCGGGGUGAAUGUGGCCAAAGUGUUUGUGGAUACUGUGGGCCCGCCGGAGAAAUAUCAAGCCAAACUAGAAGCUCUCUUUCCCGAUAUAUUCUUUACCGUGGCGAAGAAAGCUGAUGCAUUGUUUCCUUGCGUUUCUGCCGCUUCGAUCAUGGCCAAGACCACACGGGAUCGAGCCCUUAAAGAAUGGCCAUUUCCAGAGGGUUCGUUGACCGACUCUCAAAGCACAGCGGGUUGGGGUUCGGGCUAUCCGGGCGAUCCUAUGACUAAAAAAUUCCUGCAAGAUAACGUUGAUCCCGUAUUUGGCUUCCCUUCAGUGGUUCGAUUCAGUUGGAAAACGGCGGCUAACAUUCUAGAGAACAAGGCGGUUCGCUUUGAAUUUGAAGAAAUCGAAGCGGCUGAAGAUGAAUACGCUCAGAAUAACCCGUCUAUUAAAGACUACUUCUUUAGUACAAAAACCAAGUCUGAUAUCAAACGCCCGAAUUUCUUCAAGGACGCGGGAUUAAUCUCGGUUGCUCUUUGACCAGGCAUUGCGUCACAGUAUUGAUAUUCAAGCCCUAUGAAUCUUGAGUUACUUCUAUGUAAUGUAUAGUGUAUAAUUCAAAUUUGUACAAAAUAAACCUGCAAACUUGAA